AUGGCAGAAGCCUAUCGGCGACGGCCUAAGGACAACACCCCUCGCGGCGAUGCAAAUAGCUCUCAAUUUGCUAGUAGGACUGGCUCUUCAUCGUCUGGGACGUACGCUAGCUCUAUUUCGAUGAAGAGUUUCUCGCCUUUCAAGAGAAAGAAAAAACAGGGUUCGCUGAUGUCGAGGGAGUCGAUAUCAUCUUCUCAGCCUGAGUCUCAGUCAGAGUUUAUACUAGAGUCCCAUCACGAGGAAAACGACGUCGAAGAAAGAUCUGCUCCAGCUCCUACCCCGUUGCCAGAGCUACCACCGAAUGAGCCUCUCCCACAGGAAGAGACCGACGCCUACGAAUCUGCCGUCGAGAGUGCUGUGUGUGAACUGCGAAGUGACUUCUCCUCGGAAGCCCGUCAACUCGCCGACUCUUCACUGCGUCAUCUCGCUCACGUCACUGACAUUGCAGCAUGCAUGGCAACCAGCUGGGGUGAGUUUUGGGCCAUGAUGGUGCAUGCAGCGAAACAUCUUAGCUAUGCGAGAGCAAGUAUGAACGCUGCGACCUCCUCGUGUCUCCUCAGGGCGCUGGAGACAAUUGCGAGGAUGUGGAAUGAAGAGCAAGAAAAGGGAAGCCAAAGCACCUCGGGACUAGCGCGCAUCGCUGGCGGUACAUUUGACGAGAUCUUGAGGGAGAGGAGUGAGUUGAGUGGACGGCUGGGAGAGGCUUUUACGCAGUGGCUGCACAAGCACUGUAGAGAGGUACUGCCGCACUCUCUGACCUUUGACCAGAUUGUUCGGGCUGAUACCCCUCAGCGGAUUCAUACUCGAGCACCAGUCCGCAUUCUCACACUCAGCAACUCCAGCACAAUUCGCGCUGCAAUUCUUUAUGCACUCUCUUCACUCCCAGAUGUAGCUGUUCAUCUCACUGUUUUGGAGUGUCGCCCUCGCUGCGAAGGCGCAGAUAUGGCUGCACAAAUCUACGCCUCCGCAUGCGAUACAGAUCGUCUUUCCAUCCAGAUUGUACCCGAUUGCGCCGUCGGCACUGCCUCCUACGACAUCGAUAUUGUUCUUCUAGGCGCGGAUCGUAUCUCUUCUACCGGUGACGUUAGCAACAAGAUCGGAUCCCUAGCUGCUGCCAUCUGUGCAAAGCAGCUCAAUAAGAACGUCGCCGUCGUGGUACUCAGCGACGUUGAAAAGAUCUCUCCUCCAGGCUACGAUACCGGAGCUAUCGAGCACCACCCUUCGAGCGAGCUUACAUCAGCUUGGGCACCGGCUACAAGGAAUCAGCUUGCGGGAAAGGCAAACGUAGAUGUCUUCGGCGAAUGGUUUGAGUGGGUGCCUGCCAAUUUCGUUGAUGUCUACGUCACCGAGCGCGGGAUAUUGGGUACGGAGGACGUGGAAAGCGUAGCGAGGGAGAUUGAGGAACUAGAGGAGUAUAUCUUCCAGCAGAAGACAGCCUGA